AUCUCUCUCUGCUUCCCUUUCUCUCCCGCACACACACAUACACACACACACUCACGCCCGCGCCCACGCACGGUCUGUAUACGUCUCCACUUUGCAGUAGUAACUUACGGCAUUGAUCUCAACGGCGAGUGCGGAUCUGUCUCUUGUGUUCAACCCUUUCUUCUUCGACGGACCGACUUGGAGAAACGCUCGAGAGACAAGUCACUACAGUGCUCCUCUCCUGCGUGUGUCUGUGAGGACCCCUGGUCAUGUCCGUUUAGCUGCCCUGCGUGAUGCCUGAUCAUGACAGCACCGCCCUCCUAACAAGACAGACCAAGCGCCGACGUGUCGACAUUGGGGUGAAAAGGACUGUGGGUAGCGCGCUAUUCACCCGCGCCAGGGAGACACUGCUCAACAGCAUGAACCAAUCACACGGCCCCGAUCAGGAUGGAGACUGCUCGUUGGUCAGUCACGGCCACGGGGGUUCCAAUGGAGAUGGAGAGAAGUCCAAUGUUCUGAGGAAAUUGCUGAAGAGAGCCAACUCGUAUGAAGACGCCAUAAUGCCUUUUCCUGGCGCAACCAUUAUCUCUCAGCUACUGAAGAAUAACAUGGGGAAAAAUGGAGGGAGUGACUCAGGCUUCCAGGGCAGUGGUGCUCUAUCUAGUGGAGGCUCAGAGAUCCAGGCUGAGGACGCCUGCAGCAGCUCCUCCCGUGACCGGGACAGUCCGUCUGACUGCCUCUCCCCUGGGCCUCCUCUUCCCCCUACAUCAUCAUCCUCCUCCUUUGGGCGGCCACCACCCCCUUCGAAUCUCAACUCCCACGCUGCUACUCAGCCCCUCUCCCUCUCCACCUUCGACUUGGACAGGUUGUCAGAUGAGCACCUCCGUGCAAAGCGCGCCCGUGUGGAAAACAUCAUCCGUGGCAUGAGCCACUCACCUCUGGUCCGACCCAACACCGGCGACCACAACCAAGAAAGCAGCCGUGAGAACGAAAGCAGCGGCAGUGACCACCGAGGGGACGGCAACAGCCACAACAGCAGCAACCACAACCACAGCCGGAGCGACUGCCCAUCCUCCCUCCUGAGCUCCCCAGGUUCGCGGGGCGGCGUGGUCAGCGCUGGUGAGGUUUACCGUGAGAAUAAGAGAAAGCAGCGCCUGCCACAGCAGCAACACAGUUUCACCCAGCUGGUGUGUUCCAGGCAGGAGCAGAGACAGGAGGAGAGACGGCAGCUGAAACUGCAACUGGAAGACAUGCAGAAACAGCUUCGCCAACUCCAGGAGAAGUUCUACCAGAUCUACGACUCAGAGACAGAAGAAGAGGAGGAGAACGGUGAGAGCGGAGAAGCCGACCGAGGAGGAGAAAGAGAAGAGGACGGCAACCUGUCAGAGGACAGUAUACGCUCUGACGGCCUGGAGGAGAGGCACCGGGACAGAGGGCGGCACAGCCACGAUGACCUAUCAGAGCUAGAUCCAGGUCUGUUCCUGGACCGGGCCCGGGCCCUCCUCCGAGAGCAGGCCUUGAUGGAUGGAGAGAUGGAGGAGGACGUGGAGGGUAGAGAGGAGGAGGAGAGGAGCGGAGAAAGGGUGAUGAAGAGGAGAGGAGGAGCAGCAGGAGGAGGGGGAGGAGGAGGACGGCAGUUAGCAGAGACACUGAAGCAGGAGCUGAACUGUGCCGUGUCACAGGUUGUCGACACCGUCGUCAAGGGCUUCUCUUCGCCCAAGCAGGCCGCCAGUCACCAUCAUGGCUGCCACAGCAGCACACCAGCCGCCCCUUCUUCUUCUUCCAACUCGUCCUCUUCCUGUCCUCCACCCUUUGGCCCCCUCCCCUCCCUCACCCCGGACUCACGCUUUGGCGGUGGCGCCCUAGCCCUUAGCCUGAAUGGCGACGGCAGCCCGACCCCAAACUACCAUUCCUCCAACCAGAGGCUGCACUGCUUUGGCGAUGUCAUCGUCCCGAGCCCGAUGGAUUCAUUUGGUAGUUUGAGCGGCAGGCUUAGCGGCGUGCCAACACCUAAUGACCAAACGGAGGCAUUGCCCCUGGUGGUUCGCAAGAGCGGCGGGGGAGGCGGUGUAGAGCACACCAACCCAUCUCUGCCCCCUCCACCUCCUCCUCACCAUCCGUCCCUCCAUCCCUCCCCCCUAACUGCUACACUGGGGUUCAGCCCCCCAUCGUUUCGCCACCCAUUCCCUCUUCCCCUCAUGGGUUACCCCUUUCACAGCCCAUUGGGGUCGCAUGGGGGUGGUGCCGGCUACCCUCCAGGGCCAAAGGACCACCAUCGGUCCUCCCCCGAUUCCAUGGACAUGACCCGGGAAACUGUCAGCCUCAGAACCAAAAUGGCCAGCCUAGGAGGGGGCCAUCUCGGUCACCAUCACCACCACCACCACCACCACAGGCAGAGCUCCCCAAGCCAACACGGGCCCGAGGGUCUGUCGCUGUCCCUCAUCAAGUCUGAGUGCGGGGAUCUGCAAGACAUGGCUGACAUAUCGCCCUACUCAGGCAGCACUAUUCAGGAGGGUUUAUCUCCCAACCACCUGAAGAAAGCCAAGCUGAUGUUCUUCUACACCCGCUACCCUUCAUCCAACAUGCUCAAAAUGUUCUUUUCCGACGUCAAGUUCAAUCGCUGCAUCACCUCCCAGCUGAUCAAGUGGUUCAGCAACUUCAGGGAGUUCUACUACAUCCAGAUGGAGAAGUUCGCCCGGCAGUCUAUCAAUGAGGGUGUGACUGCCGCAGAUGAGCUGGCAGUGGGCCGCGACUCCGAACUCUUCAGGGUGCUCAACAUGCACUACAACAAGGCCAAUGACUUUGAGGUCCCUGAACGAUUUCUAGAGGUGGUCCAGGUGACUCUUCGUGAAUUCUUCAACGCCAUUGUGGCCGGCAAGGAUGCGGACCCGUCCUGGAAGAAGGCCAUCUACAAGGUGAUCUGCAAACUGGACAGCGAGGUUCCCGAGGUCUUCAAAUCCCCCAACUGUCUACAAGAACUCCUCCAUGACUGACUAGGGCGAGGCAGGAAACACGGAAAGCAAGACAAACCUCGAAGGAUCAUGAGAACUGUGUAAAAAAAAUUAAAAUUAAAAAAAUUAAAAAAUAAAAAAAAAACACUUUUAAAGGCAUGGGGUUAGACGUGGUUGAGGUCUUCAGUGGAAGGCAUUUGGAAGUGUUUUAUGACAUUCAUAACGCCCUGCAGAGACUUGAAGUGACACUAGCUGGAGGCUUCCGGAGAGGUUUGUUGAUGGUUAUUUCGGUCAGCCCGCCUUUAACAGACAAAACUCCCCUCAAGAUGUUUUAUAGAGAAAAAAAUAUUCCUCUUGAAUGAGGUCGAGGGCUCGAACUCAAGAGUCCGAAGAUACUCAAAUUCACAAAUUGUGUUCAGACUUUUAUAAAUUGAAAGCAAAACAGUGAAAAGUGAAAACCUCCUUGCACUCACAGAAAAGCCCGUCUCCUCUUUCUCCUCCACCUCGUCCAAGCUCGUUCUCCAUCCUUCUCUGGAUGAACAAAAGGAUGAGGAUGAUCACGGAUCAAUCUUCAGCCCGUGGUCUUGGUGUCUGGAGCGGACUAAAAGUAAAGAAGAUAAUAUAUGAAAAUCUUUUUAUUGUGGAUGUUUUUAAGUUACAUGGACAUUUUUUGGAAAAAAAGUGAUGUUUCUGUAUUUUUUCCUCCUUUGUAUGAGCUUACAGCCUCUCUUCUAUGAACCCUCAGUCACUCACAAAGAUACUGUACACAUGCACACACAACCACAAACACACACCUACACACACCUCUUGAAUAGGAAAGCACAGUAGCAUUCCCAAAUCCUUACGCAAACCCAGACAAACUGGGCAAAAAAACAAACUUAGUCGUUGUUUAUUUCCCUUCUUUUUUCCAUCCUCUUUUUACUUCCUUCUCUUCUUACUGUACUGAGACUUAUUGGGUGUUUGUUUUGACUGUGUGGCUCUCCCUGCCCCACCCUCCCCUUGCCGCCCCUCUUGGCUCGUGUUGCCUUUAGGCGCCCAGAGCAUCGAAGACAAGAUUUUACCAUUUCAUCUCUAAAGAAAAUCAAAAGUCCCAUUUUAGAACUUGCCGUUACAGUUUAAACUUGAAAGUUUGUUUUAAUCCAUCAAACAAAGAUUAAGGAGUAAUCCAAAAUCUUUGAUAAAGAUUCUUUACAUUUUGUUAUAUAAGAUUUGUGACCAAGAUAUUUUGUAGGUGAACGAUAUACUUCAGUGUCAGUGCCCUCUGGUGGACAAACAGUGCAAUGGCGACACUAUUUCUAAACAACUAAAAACAUUCACUAUUUUUGGCAUUUCUGUGCUGAACAUGGCUUGUUACUCAUCAGCUGACUUAUACGCCAAUACCGGUAAAUCUGUGAUAAGCUAUUGGGCUCAACUGCUACUGGUUUAUAAUAUUUACAAAUGACAGCACUGAUGCAAGAAAAAUGUACAACAUGGUACUUUUCAAUAGGCAACAUGGUUGGUGUUUUUCAUUUUUUUUAUUUUAUUUGUGUUGACGGCUUAAUUUGUCCGUUAUGUUUUAUUAGAAUAUUCAAAAUCCUAACCUGAAAAUCACAUUUACAUCGAUUUGUGAUGUUAUUUUGAAUGAAAUGUGGAUUUACGUUAUGUAAGUAAUUAUUUUAAUAUUGAUUGCUUUUUUUUAUAUAAUAGUCAUUCAUUCCAAUUUUUGCCUGUUUCUUGGAUCAUCACGGCAUGAUACAAAACAAGAUUUCCUUCAUGGUGCUCUGGAACAGGCUAACCUUUGCUGAUACACACCUCAAAUCACUGCACAGUGAGUUCUUUUUAAGAGUAGAUUGGACUUUACCACUGGCUGUGGUGCAAUCAUGCAUCCUUAAACUCUCUGAGCUCAUAUUUGCAACUGAGAAAUGUAAAAGUGUCUCAUUUUAACCUAUUCAAAACUGGAAGUCACUGGAAGUAAUCAAUAGAAAAACUCUCUCUGCUCUGGGCAGCCAUGAGGGUCAGCUGCACCGGCCGGGUCAUGUGUGAAGUGUUUAAGGUUUUAACAGCAGAAAAAAAAAGACAUACGAGAAAAAUGCUGAUAUUUGUAGCUUGUAUAGAUGUAAUAAUUACUCUGAUCACUCUGAUAUUGUUAUUUAUAAUUGAAAUAAUUAUUCCUAUUAAUGUUAUUCUGAUGAUGAUGAUUAUUAUUAAUGCUUGCUACAGAUUUGACCAGUGGUUUACUCAUUGUUUAUCCAUCACACUGCAACAUGAAAUAAAUUAUUCUUUGAAAAAAAAAAAAA